AUUGGACCUCUUUAGGCAUGAGUUGCAGCUAAUGGAUGGAGAUGUCUGAAACAAAUAUCGUGGAUGCUUCCAGGUUUCCUGUGAAAUGUAUAGCGAUAUACUAAAGAAGAUACGGAGUUUAUUAGCUAGCUAUCGGCACAGUAGUAUAUAAUGAAUGUUAUAGUCUUACUAAAGUCAUGUAACAUGAAGGACUUGCAAGAAUAUAAAAAGUGCAAGCGUGUGAAGAACCAUAGAACAGACAAAGAAAAACACACAUCACACAAUGCACGACAUGUUAACCCAACACGGUGGGAGAAGAGUGACAGUAUACAAAGAGGAACAAUAAGUGCUAAACAAUAACAUCUUAAGGAAAAGCAACAUUAAGGGCUAAACAACAACACGUUGGAUAAAAGCAACAUUAAGUCCUAAACAGCAACACCGUAGGGAAAAGCAACAUUAGUGCUAAACAACAACAUCGUUGGGAACAGCAAUAUUAAGUGCUAAACAACAACAUCGCAAGAAAAAGCAACACGGUAAGAAAAGCAACAUUAAGUACUAAACAACAACACCGUAGAGAAUAGCAACAUUUAGUGCUAAACAACAACUUUGUAGGGAAAAGCAACAUUAAGUACUAAACAACAACACCGUAGGGAACAUCAAAAUUUAGUGCUAAACAACAACAUCGUAGGGAAAAGCAACAAGUUGGGAGAAGAACAUUAAGUGCUAAGUAGCAACACCAUACGGAAAAGCAACAUUAAGGGCUAAAUGGCAAUACCGUAGGGAAAAGCACCAUUAAGUGCUAAACAACAACAUCAUAGGGAAAAGCAACACGGUGGGAGAAGAGGGACAGUAAGUAAAUAGGAACAUUAUCCUCUAAAGAGCAACACUGUAAGGAAAAGCAGCAUUAAGUGAUAAACAGCAACACCGUAGGGAAAAGAAACAGGUUUCGGAAAGAGCAACGGUACCGAAGAAAAGCAACACGGUAGGAGAAUAGUGACAGUGGGUAAAAGCAACAUUAAGUGCAAAACAACAACACGGUGGAAAAAAGUGACAUAAUGGAAAUGGGAACAUUAGGGUUUAGGGAGAAGGGUGACAGUAUGCAAAUAGGAACAUUUAUUCGCAAUUGGAAAAGGAUGACGAAAGAGACACGGUACGAAAAAAAUACAAACCCCUUCCCCUUCCCCUUCCCCUUCCCCUUAUUCUACAAGAGUACUCAUUCUACAAACCGCUACCCUGCUACGCCACCGAACAAGCAAAAUCUUCCCUUCCCCGCUACGCCGCCGCCCUUUGCUGCCUUCCCCUUCGCCACCUCUGUCAUUGCCGCGCUUCCCGACUCGCACGCUGCCUGAGCAAAGUGAAACUGUCCAUACUCGCCUCGAUCAUUGUUUAGGCUUUCAAAGGUAAGAUUUUGCCUCAGUCAUACUUGGCCCUUCAUUUUCUUUGCCCCACUUUGUCACUGCACUCAUUCUACAAACCGCUGCCCUGCUAUGCCGCCGAACAAGCAAAAUCUUCCCCUUCCCCGCUAUGCCGCUGCCCUUCGCUGCCUUCCCCUUCGCCGCCUCUGUCAUUGCCUCGCUUCCCGACUUGCACGCCGCCUGAGCAACGCGAAGCUCUCCAUACUCGCCCCGAUCAUUGUUUAGGCUUUCAAAGGUAAGAGUUUGCCUGAGCGAGGAUGAGGAUUAGGACAAGGACGAGGGGAAGAAGGAGAAGGAGGUGGUGGAUCUGAAGCAGCCAAGCAAAAAAAAGACCAACAAAAGUAUUCAGGUUUUAGAUAAAAUUGCAGAGAAAAGGAUACUGCUCACCAUGAGUAGUGGUGUUGAACAAGCUGCUAAUCCCUACAAGCUGCCAUUAUGCAAACACAAUGAUGGUAAAGGCAGUAGAUGACCUUGAAGCGUUGAAGACCGUUGACUGGUGCAAUUUAAUCUUCAACCGUUUGAAGGAAUCUAUUUUGAAAUGGCAGAAAAAAAGCAGAUACAAUCAUGGUAGGUUGUACACAGCUGCUAAUGAUUCUUUUCUUAGACAACAUCAGGAGACCUAAUGGCGUUGUGGCGGAUAGCAAUCCGUUCUGCAUCCCAAGAAUCUGCACAUAUAGCUACAAGUUGAUUAAGGCCCUGACAGACGAUGAGUACGACAACAUUCAAUUAAUAGAAUGGGAAAAAACAUGCUACAACAACAAGGAUAAGGUGCAAGAGGAUGAGCUGGUGGAGGUCCUGGGUGAGGUGCAUGAGGAUGAUCUGGAUGAGCCUGAGCCUAAGCAGAGGGACCCAACAGCUGUGUACGAAGAAUUUGUUUUAAAUAAAACAAGGGACAGCAUAUAUUUGGAUAUGUUUGACCAUACUAUGUUGGAAUCAAGAUUUGUUGAAUACUUUAAGCCAGGAGGAUAUAUGGAUUCCACAAUAUUAGAUUUACAAUGCCGCUUGUGGGGUGAAGAAAGGGAUGACAGAAUUAUCCUUUCUCAGUCUGCUGCUAGAGGAUUGAUCACUACUGGGUCUCAAUCUAGUAGACGAUCACUAAGAUUAGAGCUUAAAGAAGAAAAGCUAGAGAAGACGGCGCAGAUAUUCAUCCCGCUUCUUCAUUCCAAACAUUGGUUCUUGAUUGUGGAUGAAACCGUACAUUUCCUUGACUCCUUGCCUACACCAUCCCGAGCUAUGAUUGCGGUUUCCAUGUUUUGUUAUACAUAAAAGGAUUUGAACAAGGUGAAAUAUUAAACUUUGACAAGGAAAAGUUGGAAAUGUUUAGGAAAACACUUGCAACGGACCUCCUCACCGACAGUCGCAACAAAAAAAACAGCUAUAAGAGAUUUGGGUGAAGCUGCUGCUGCUGCUGAUGAUGAUGAUCUGAUCAUCAUGGAUGAGGAUUUCACGUAUCAAUUGGAACAGUUCAUCAGUGCCUUUCAAGAUGCGGAAUAUGACAACGCCGACCAGUUCAUCAAUUUUUUUCAAAGCAUGGAAUAUGACAAUAUCGAUGUUGGUGUUUUACCGCCAAGCCCACCGAGGGAUACCCCUGAGGUGGUGAGUUAUAGGUGGGGUGCCUCCAGGAUCAGGAAGUCGAAGGUGCAAGGAACACAAAGUUUAGACAGUUCGGGCCGCCGAGAGCGUAAUACCCUACGUUCUGUGUGGUGGUUUGUAUUGCCUCAGGUGUGUAUAUGGAGGGGGUCCCUGCCCGCCCUUAUAUAGUCUGGGGGGACAGGGUUACAUGGAAAUCCUAGCUAGAUACGAGCUCAGGAGUCCUACCGGAGUACUACUCAGGUAGUUUUCUUCUGUUCCGACUAGUUCUACUACGGUAUGAGUAGUUACGACUGAUGUAGGGUGUUGGCCAUGUUCCAUCC